ACCCGGCAAAAUCCAAGAGAACCUCCAGAACAAAGGUGUGAAGGAAAAUUCCACCGAAAACCCCCCAUCCCAUUCCUUUGUUUAACAGCGUCAAGCCAAGCUACACAUUCCAUGACCAGCAUUUUUUGCCUUAAUAUUUCCCCAAUAUUUAUGCUGUACGCUGUGGUUGACAAAAAGUAAGAGCACCAUCACAUCAACAUGCUGACCAAAGAAGCUGUGAAGCAAAUCUGGAGGUCAGCAGACGCUGUCUGCUUUGAUGUGGACUCUACAGUGAUUGAGGAUGAAGCUAUAGAUGAAAUGGCAGAAUUUUGUGGAGUUGGGGAGCAAGUUGCAGCGUGGACUAAGAAAGCUAUGGGAGGUUCAGUAUCAUUCCGUGAGGCUCUUCAAGAAAGACUAAAGAUUAUAAAUGCAACGGAAAAACAAGUACAAGAUUUUGUGGAGAACAACCCACCAAAGUUUACCAAAGGAAUAGAAACUCUCAUUAAGCUUCUCCAAAGACGAGGGGUCCCUGUAUACUUAGUGUCUGGUGGCUUUAAACAGGUGAUCCUGCCCGCUGCAAGACUAUUGAAGAUACCAGCUGAUAGGGUCUUUGCGAACGUUUUAUUAUUUGAAGAUGGGAAGUAUGCAGGUUUUGACAAGGAACAGCCAACAUCAGAAUCCGGAGGCAAAGGGCGUGUCAUCAGUAUCUUGAAGAAGAAGUAUGGUUAUCAGAAACUUGUGAUGAUAGGAGAUGGGGCCACUGAUAUGGAAGCCUGUCCACCAGGGGAUGCAUUUAUUGGAUUUGGUGGCAAUCAGAUCAGACAAAAAGUCCAGCUGGAGGCCAAGUGGUUUGUAACGGACUUCAAUGAAUUGAUCAGUGAGCUUUCCAGAUGAUGUCAACAUCUAGGAUGCUGAGGAAUGAUUAGUUUGUACUGUACUUAGCAACUUAAAAGGAGUAUAGAAAUGAAGACCCUGGAAGUUGCCAGUGAUUACAGGAGAGAUGUCAAAAGACUUAAUGAGAUGAUCCAGUACAGCAGUGGUAUGUUCUCAGCAAGUGUACUGUCCGUGAUGCAUGAAGCAUUUGAGAGCAUCAUAGGUGACCUUAGUGAGCUGAAGUGUGACACACUCCAUUUUGGUCCUGGAAAAAAGAAUUGUACUGUGUAGAUUCUGUUAAGUCACUGCCUUGAAUCAUUAGUCUUUGUUCCAGACAUUUCAUCAUUUUCAAAAGGAACCUGUAUUUUACUUAUCUUUUAUAAUUUAUGUGAUGUAGUAUUAAAAUAUGAUUUGCUAUGGCAUGAUUUAAGCCAUAUGUUAUUUGAAUCCAUGUCACAUAGUUUGCACAAGUACAGGCACAUUGUAUAAAGUGCGAUAUCUUAGAGACCAAAAUGAUAUGUAUGUAUAAGAGAAAGUUAAGUGUGAUUUAUUAUUGUAGCACUGGCAUUAAGCCACCCUAAUUUUCAGACUUGACCACAGAGGAAAAGAGGACUUUUAAAAUCAUUUAGUUAUAACUAAUUGUUAUGGGACCAAUGGAAUUUGUGAGUAUGCUUCCCUUUUGGCAAAACUCGCAUUCAUACUGUAGGUAAUGAGAGAGAUUGGACGCACAACACUUUGGAGUAAAUUGGAAUGCACCUUAUUAGAAUUUGUCCCUUGAAAGAUUUGAUCUCAGAUAUGUACUUUGUAAGUUACAUUAACAUGAAAAAGUGCAAUAGACUUUGAAUCAAGUUUACUUUUACUGUAUUUAAGUCUUAUAUGUACUUUGAUUGCCACAAAAAAACCCAUACUUGAAAUUUAUUCAUAGCCAAUAGCUAGUGUAUGGUUUUAAAUUGUUGAGAAACCAUAUGGUAUUUAGCCGUUAAAUGGUAUUCAUUCAUCAGUUUUGUGUCAAGUAAUUGCUGUGGUUUUCCCACUGUCACUUAUUUUUGCAUUUAGUAUUUCAAUUGUUUUAGUUUAAAAUACUGUGACCUGUUUCUGUUAAGCCAUGUUUGUUGUGUUUGGCAAGAAAGUUCAAUGUUUAUUUCAGUCUCAUAUAUUCUGGGUUUAUUUUUCCUGUUAAAAUCUUAUCACUGCCCGCCAUAUUAUCACUAGUAGUGGAGUUAAAUUUGUUUUUCACACUUGUUAAAAUAAAAGGGACAGGGGACCAGGUCAGGAAAAUGGGUCAGUUUAAGGCAUUGAACCCCUAUACAGUACUAGUACCAGUAUGACCCUAAAACAUCUGAGUACUGUGAGAGAAAUGGACAUCUUAUGUAAAGACUGUUAAC